AUGGAUCAUCGCGACUCCAUCCAGGCCCAGCUCGAUGCCGUGACGACGCAGCUCGCCCGCCCGGCCUUUUUGCAAAACCUCACGCCCAGCCGCCUGCCGUCGCAAGCCACCUCUGAGGCUUCUGUGUCGCCGCGGCCUCCCAGCAGCAACGACUGCCGCUCUCUGCUGACCCUGGAGCAUGGCGCCUGCCUGACUGCCCACCCCCACCAUCAUAACUACCACCACGACAAUCCUGCCUACCUAGAGCUGCGCGCCUCGGAAGCCCACGCCCGUCGCGCCUGGUCCACCAUGGCCGCCUCUGCUGCCUUUCAGCCCUUUGACCACGCCCACUCCGACCUCGUCUUGGCCGUCGACUUCAACUUCUUCGGCACCCGCAUGGUCACGGCCUCGUCGGACCACCGCCUCAAGGUCUGGGAUCGCAAGGACGACGCCUGGUCGCUGGUCGACACCUGGAGGGCCCACGAUGCCGAGGUUGUCGAUGUAAAACCUCGCUGUCCCUGCCAUGUGGCUCGCGAGUUCCGUGUUGCUUCUUUUUUUUCGCUGACCACGCGCGGCCAGGUCAAAUGGAACGGCCCGUUCAUGGGUGAGGUCCUCGGCAGCAUCGGCGAGGACGGCCGCUUCAAGCUAUGGCAGGAAGACGUGACGGAAAUCGCAAACUCGGGCCGCCGCUUCAAGCUCAUCUACAACCAGGUCUCCGAGACCAAGGUGCCCUUCAUGUCACUCGACUUCAAGAACAUUAUGCAAGAGACGUGGGUCGCGCUCAUCUCGCGCGACGGCUACCUCACCAUCUACGAACCCAUUGAUCACAGCAACCUGUCCGAAUGGCAAGUCAUGGCCCAGACAUUUGUGCUGCCCACUGCGCCCCCGCGCUCCGACGAGGCCAGCUUCCGUGUCUGCUUCCACCACGAGCAGCUCCCCUGCUGGACGGCCAUCCAAGCCGGACUGGACCGGCGCGCCCUGUCUCUCGCCGUCGUAGCCAUGGACACGGUCAAGGUCUACCGUACGGACAAGCAGCGCCGCUUCUACGUCGCGGCGGAGCUCACAGGCUCGCGCAACAUCUUGCGCGACGUCGCGUGGGCCAAUGGCAGCAUGCGCGGCUCCGACAUCAUCGCCACCGCCAGCAAGGACGGCAUGCUCCGCAUCUACGACCUCUCGACGCCGGAGCCCUCGUUUCCGCUCGGCGGCGGUGCCAGCGGCCCUGGCGGCCCCGGCACCCCUUCUACCGGCGGCGGGCUCGCUGCGCCCUCCGUGCCCCCCGAGCCCGCCGCCUCGCCGCGUGGCCGCGGCGCUAGCAGAAACGCCCCGUCGGGCAUUGGCGCCGGCUUGGCCAGCGCAACGCGUGUGGGUGACGCGGCGCUCGAGAACGAUCAGGACCCUGGCCGCGUCAAGCACGUUGUCAAACUUGCGGCGGAGCUGCAGUCGAACCACGGGGCUGUGUGGCGUGUCACGUUUUCGCAGAUGGGCGACUUGCUUGUCUCGACGGGCGACGACGGCGCCAUUCGCACCUGGAAGAAGGCCAGUGAUAAUCGCUGGCUCGAGUAUGCUGAGAUUGAUGCUACUAAGCAGUAG